CCUUGACAUUCUUGGAGUUGGGUCCAAGAGACGAGAGAAGAUUGAGGAGGGAGGCUAGAGAGAGAACAGCGGCAAGGAGAGCGAGGGCAGCUGAGGAUAGUGCCAAGACUAGUGUCUCAGCUAGUACAGGUGCAACCAUGGCAACCUCUGCCAUGUCUCAAGUCUCUACACAGUCCACUUCUUCAGGAGUCUGUCAAAGUGGCUCUCAGGUUCUCCUAACGGAUUACCUAAGGUGCCUACCUGCAGAGGUAAGGACCAAGCUGGUUGACAAGGCCUACGUCGAACAACACACUUUCGCUUCUUUUAGCAAGAAAGCUCUGGACAUAGAGGCAAAGCUGGGAUCUGCGCAUAAGGUAUCCCAUGAUGGUAGGAAGAGACUGCCCCAAGACUGGAAGAAGAAGGGUCAAUUAAUGUUCGUUGACCAUGAUGGUCAAACGACUGAGAUUGACGAUUUCCCAGACCUUGGGGAGUUGACAGAGCAGGAUGGGGCCAGCGAGACUUCGGAUGGGGGAGUCGUGGCACCUAUCAAGGAAAAGGCUAGGGGGACCGAGAAGAAGAAGGUAGGACGGUCCACGGGUCAGGGCGACCACGGGACACCCGCAUGGGUAAAGCUUGGUUUAGAUUACGAGGUGUGGCGUGACCGCGUUGCUAGGGGUACAUGCAGGAACUAUGGCAACUAUGGCCACACGUCCAAUAAUUGUCGUGGCAAGAAGGUCACAACGAAGGUAGCGUCACCAACGGUGGUGGGAGUGCUUCUGCGAGCAGCUCACAGGGAAACACCUCGGGCCAGUCGGAGUGUCAGAGUGUCUAUGGAUUUCAUGGACACCCUUGUGACCAGCAAGUCUGGAAACAGGCAUAUCUUUGUUAUAGUGGACCGUUUUACUAAGUGCGCAAGACUGAUUGCCAUGCCAGAAACAGCUAAAAUUGACUACGUCAUCAAACUGUUUAUGGAUAAUUGGGUACGGGAUUUUGGUUUGCCUACAUCCAUCGUUAGCGAUAGGGAUGUGAGAUUCACAAGUGAACUAUGGCAGUCAACUGCUGAACAGAUGGGCACCAAACUCCAAAUGACUUCAGGGAAUCACCUUGAGUCAAAUGGCCAAGCAGAACAGAUGAACCGGGUAGUACAGCACCUGCUUCGGCAUUACAUUAAGCCAAGUCAGGAUGACUGGGACGAGAAGUUACCUCUCGUCGCCAGCUUGUACAACAAUGCUGUGCACAGUACAACCGGUAUGACUCCCAACCAAUUACAUCUUGGUUGGAAGCCCAGAAGUGCACUGGACUUUCUGCUACCAGAAAGACACUCCACUGCAGCACCUGGCAGCAUAGAGUUUGCUGUCCAAUAUGAACAGAUGCUGCAGCAGGCCGUUGAACAUAUUAGGAAGUCUCAAGAUGCUAUGAUUGCAUCUGAGAAUAAGCACAAACGGCCAUUAACUUUCAGAAGAGCAACGGCGCCGGCAGCAGCCAACCACAACAAAGCUAGAAAAGAUGCCGCGUCUGUCCUCAUGCAGCAGGAAGCCACUCAUACCGCCGCACUGCAAGCAUGGCAUGUGGAUCCGGAGGAAACGACGGAACCAACUACGAAGCACCAGACGAAGUCAGCUCUCGCCAGCAUGAUGCACCAAGUCAUCCUCACUUGUAACUGGCAACAAGUGGAGCAGGCCCGGCAGGCACGUACCAUUACUGAGUACGAGGAGACUCUUAAAAGCCUCCACGCCCGCCUGGACAUGUUGAAGAAGGAUGACGUGCUGCACAGGCACACGGCAUCGUCAAGCACUGAUCCAUCGAUCCGCGAGCUGGAAGGACGGCUGGAUCACCUAGUCGCGCUUGUCGGCGAUUUGAACAGCUUCCGACAACCGACGACCAUCAGGCAGCAAAUAUCCGCUCUACAAGCGGAUUUGCGUCAACUGCAGCAGCAACCAACUGGGACCUGCAACAGCGUAACGCCGAAACAAUUCAAGAUGCUGAAGUUCAGCAUCGAGAGGUUUGACGACUACCACAAGGCGGCCCCCAUAAGUUGGUGGCAAGGGUUCACCAAUGAGCUCUCCAUCCACUUGGUCCCGCCCGAGUCGAAGAUCUCAGCGCUUUACCGCUGCAGCACCGCUGCCAGCCAAAGUCAACGCCCUUCCGCCACGACGCAAGAAGAAGAAGAAGAAGAAGAAGAAGAAGAAGACGAAGAAGCUGAAAUCUGCAUCAACAACGGAAGUCGGACAACCGAACGAGCCAUGGAAGAAGUUCAACCUCACGGAGGAGCAAUACAAACUCCGCUAGAGGUGGAACAGUUGCAACUGGUGCAACAGCACCAAGCACACGACGUCACAAUGCCCCGACAAAGGCAAAGAAGAUGUUCGUCCACGACAAAGCUCGGGAAACUGAGCUCCGCGGGAAGUGAGGCGACUCCACUGCCCACUCCGCCGGACACGAUUGCCUUGCAAACAACCUCCUCCGCGUCCGAGGAACAUGCGUAUGUAGCCAGUCUUCACGAAGAUUAUGAAGACCAUGCUGUCCAGCUGGUCCCGCCAUUGGACCAACCUCUCCACGUGCAAGACACAUUUGCGUGUGCGACUUCAUCACCAUCGCCAAGUAAACCAGCAUCCUCGCCGACAUCACUCGGGGACGCAUCGGUGUUGUCUAGACUGGAGGAACUCGACCCAUUGACACCGGAGGACUUCCAAUGGUUGCCUCUUCCCCCAUCUGGUUCCUUGCCGAAGCCSCAUUGCAACGCCUUAAUGGCGGAGCUACGCAACUACUUGCACGCUGCAGUACCAGCUCCGUUGAUGGAAGACGGAGUAGCGGUUGUUGACCUUCGCGAGUACAUUGCAAAGAUUGACCACGAGUACGCCACACAUAGGUACGACGACACCGGCGCACCGUUACUCUACGUCCGCAUUCAGAUCAGGAAGGCGGCCUGCAGCACCUUGAUCGAUUGUGGAGCUACUCGCAACUACAUCAGCCAGGAUUUCAUGACCCACGCCGACCUUGGGCCGCGCGUUCGAAGGAAAUCGCAGUCUACGCAAGUGACGUUGGCCGACGGUAGUACGCACAAGUCCAUCGACCGGUGCAUUGACUCCGUCCCAGUGUACUUCACCCCGCUUGCACGCGAGGCCGUGUCCUUUGACAUAUUAGACACACAGUUCGACAUGAUCUUGGGCAUGUCAUGGCUGCGCAGCGAGGACCACCCGGUGAACUUCUACCGCUGCACCGUUCAUGUUCGUGACUGGAACGGGGUACUUGUGCCAUGUACGGUCCCCCCACCUCAUCCUUCGAUUGGUUAUCACGUGGUCUCCGCGGCGAGCAUUUACAACUCCAUCGCAUGGAACGACGUGGAGGAAAUGGGCAUUUAUUUCUUGCACGCCCUACCUCCUGCCGACGAGCCUGCGGCGGAACAGCCACCGGACCCACGCAUUGAGGAACUCGAAGUGCUUCGAACGCAACUCGACGACCUCAUUGACAAAGGUUGGAUUCGCCCUAGCUGCUCGCCCUACGGUGCACCUGUUCUCUUCGUUCGGAAGAAGAACAAGGAGCUGCGCUUAUGCAUUGACUAUCGCAAGCUUAAUGCUCAAACCAUUAAGAAUGUCGGCUUGCUCCCACGCAUCGACGAUCUUCUCGAACGCUUCGGCGGUGCCAAGUAUUUCUCCAAGUUGGACCUCAAAUCCGCUUACCACCAGCUCGAGAUCCAUCCAAGAGAUCGGUACAAAACCGCGUUCAAGACACGGUACGUGCACUUCGAGUGGGUCGUAAUGCCAUUCGGCCUCACGAAUGCCCCGACCACCUUCCAAGCGGCAAUGACAACGGAGUUUCGCGACAUGUUGGACCGGUUCGUGCUCAUCUACCUUGAUGAUAUCCUGGUGUAUAGCCGAACUUUGGACGAGCACAUCGGGCAUCUACGUGUUGUUUUGGACAGGCUACGUACGACCAAGUACAAGGCCAACCGAGCCAAGUGCGAAUUCGCACAACAAGAGCUCGAGUACUUGGGCCACUUUGUGACGCCGCAAGGCAUUAGUCCGCUUGCGGACAAGAUCAAGGCCAUUCAGGAUUGGCCGGAACCGACCAACACCAUGGAGGUUCGCUCUUUUAUGGGAUUGGUCGGGUACUACCAACGCUUCAUCGGGUGAUACUCACGGAUCGCCGCACCUUUGUCUAGAUUGCAAUCUCCACUGGUGCCCUUCCAGUUC